CUUACGAGUUGAUAGACUACAAAUUAUUGGUAUACACAUCAAGUGAAAGACAUGCAGAACGAAGCUUCAAAUGCAGAUUUGAAGAAGAGUGCAACUCUAGAUGAUGAUUUUGGGAAGGAUUUUUUCAACUCCUGGAAAUCAGCAAAAUUGGGAAAUGAUUCAAUAUAUUUUGACAUGGAAACAGUCCCAGAGAAUAUAAAGCCUUCCUUUAAAUUUGACGAACUAGAUAAUUUUGAACUUAGUGGGAACUUUGACAAGCUGCCCUCCUUCAAGUUGGAUGUGCCUGACCUUGAUUUCCCUGAUUCGUCAAAGAAAAAUGAAAAGAAAAAUGAGAAGUCGUCCAAAGAAUUUGAUAAAGGAAUAAAGGAACUAAAAGGCGACAAAUUCUCAUUUGAUUUUGAUUUUAACAGGUAUGCCAUUUUUUGUGGAUAA